GAUAAUUUCCACGCAAUUUUUUUUAUUUUGACAAUUUAUAAAGAAAAAACCAGGUAGUUUUUAUUUAAUAAAAUCUGGUGGUGUAAACAUAAAACGCUUGUGGGGGAAUAGUGAAAGCGCAUAUAGACAAAAUAGACGACCAAUUUUCUUUAAAGCCUAUGCAUGUCCUAGUUAUUGUCCGUUUUACUGGUAUGAAGAAAUUUUUAUCCAAAUAUAUCAGAUAAUAACACGAAAAAAUAGGACAUAAAAAUGACCACGAAGCUAAACAGCUCUGCAAUUCGUUCUUUUUUGCUCGCAAAACUUUCAUAGCCUGUUCCUGCCGCAGGGGCGAAGCCAGGGGGUGGCCCAGGGGGCCCGCCCCCCCUUUUAGCAGCCAAAAAUACAGUAAAUGUAUGGGACGUUAUCUAAAAUACAGGAAAAAAUGCAUUGAAAGUCCCUUUUGGGCCCCCUCCUGUUUAAAAUCCUAUGGUUACGCCGCUGUGCCGACAAUAUUUUCCUUGCAGACUUAAUAAGCGAUCUAUUGAAUUUUAUCUUCACCAAACAGUUCUGUAAUGUCAAUGGUAUUUUGAAGCACAAGAAAACCCUUUGCCUCACUAGCAGUUUACAUCCUGCACACAUCAUACUCAAUACACAAACAACAAUUGGGUUAGUUUGAGUCGUCUCUAACAAUGUGAUUCCCUAGAUUUCCUUUUUCCUCUGCGGCUGUUUGGAGCAAUUGAAAUUAAAGAAACCCGAACUGCCAUCGUUACAAAAAUGCCAUGAUUGUUUUAGCUCCGGAAUUGCAGAUUUUUUUUUUCAAUGAGUGAGCCAUAUAUUGACGGUAAAGGUCGUUACCGAAGCUCGGCCAAAAAAAAAAAAUUUCAAAAUAUUAAUAAUUCAAGCACACAAAUAAAUUAAUUAAUUACCUGAGAACAAUUAGCGUAGUAGGAUUGAACGUUAGCUUUUUCAAUCAGAAAAACAUUAGUUCAUUUCACGUUUUUCAUAAGUACAGCCUCCAUAAAACGCCAGUGAUUAGAGGUACUGCCUGUCGCCCAGAGGGAUAAAGUUCUUUAUUUUUAUCCGAUAAUGGCCUUGCUCUACACAAAAAUAUAGCUCGAUUGAGUCGUACGCUAUCUUCUGUUUUCUUGAUCGAAGUAGUCGCACGGUUAUCGAUGCAUUUGUCAAAACCGCGCUGAGCAGGUGAAAAGAGCUCAUAUACUCUCUGGUAACCAUCUCUCAGUGUCGCAAAAGGAAACACAGAAACACGAAACAUUUCAAGACGUUUAAGUAUGAAAACAACGAACAUGCUGAGGCAAAACUUUUCUUUGUAAUCAGAGACACAAGGAAACAAGAUUAGACAUAAAAUGUUGCGUUGAUGAUAUACAAAAGCACGAAGCAAGAAAGCCAUUAGGUGCACUGGCAAAACGGUCUGCGAGAUGACAAACACGACCACGAACUCGUCGAACUAUACCAAUUCCUCGUCGCCAUUGCUACCUCAUAAAUUGUAUACUUCGUUCUACCAAGAGCCUUUGGCCCUCGUGGUGGCGCGACUAGCUCUAGAAGUGGGCAUAGCGUUGGCUGGUUUGGGAGGAAAUAUUCUGGUUAUUGUAGUCAUUGCUUCAAAGCGACUGAGAUCCCGUUCCUCUAUGAAUAGCUACAUCAUGAACUUAGCAAUCGCUGAUCUGGGCGUCUUGACUAUAAUUUUCCCCAUCGCCGUCAUGAAGGAGCGGAUACCUCUUAAUUUCCCGUUAGGUAAAUUCGUCUGUCUGUACCUGAUUCCCUGUGUGGAUACGUUUUACGGGGCGUCCAUUUGGCUUAUAACCUCCAUAGCAUUUCAGCGAUACAUGAACAUUGUUCGCGCUUCCGUGAACAUGCACCAGAAGACAUCAAGUCACGUGGGAUUUCAUCUCGCUGCCGUGUGGAUUGCGUCGUUUUUCGUUGUCUCUUUGCCUCUCUUCUUCAUCAUGGCUUAUUCAGACUCUGGGCAACACAACUUCUGCAUACCAGACUGGCGGAACGUCAAGCCAUUUGAGCCCAUCUAUAUCAUCACGCUAGUAGUCUUCACAUACGUACUCCCACUUGUCAUCAUCUCGUGGACAUACAUCGGGAUUUGGCGGGAAAUCGGCAGCAGUACGCGAUGGCAUGAGAGUAGGCGCACAAGCGGGACCACUGCUAGCGACUCAGAGACACAGCGUAUGAGAGAGAACUCGCGCGCAAAGCGCAUUCUGACACCGAUAGUACUAACAUUCGCAACUUGUAUGCUCCCAGUUAACAUCUUUCGACUUCUCACGUACUUCUGGCGACCUGUGCUUUCGACUUUUCACUUCUGGACGUUCUACAACGCUAUGGUGUUUAUCACCAUUUUGAACUCAGCUGCGAAUCCGCUUAUUUAUUCUAUCGUUAGUCAGGAUUUCAGGCGUGCGUUUAUGGGGCUUAUAUUUAAGCGAUGCAACGUGGAUAAGAACUCCGUUUACACACAGAUGUCGAGAGUUAACGGUAGCUUCCGAGGAAGUAAUACUAAGAAAGACGUGAGCUUCUCACCGCAAACCUGGCCUGAAGCAAAAACGCUGAAAGAGAGUGUUAUUUAAGGGCGCAUGAAGAGAGCGUAUAGCAAGAAUUGCGUAUGCAUUAAUGACAUAAAUCGUCUGGACUUUUACUUGGCAUUUACAAGGCCCAGGUCACGGACUUCGUUGACCACGAUUAAAGCCUAGCAAUGCAAGGGCGGUAGGAAAGGGUUUGUAAGGCUAAAUGCUAAUAAUAAACCACAAAUUUAUAAACUCUAAUUUGGCUGAAAAGUGCCUUGUUUACGACUCGCUCUCCCUGUUUGAUUAGAAAACCCGGUCAAGUUACGUUGCGUGAUCUGAGCUACUACACCGUGGCCCGCAAAGUGUCCCCGACGUGCUAGCCGGAAACGUUCCCGACGCAGGAAAAAUUCAAAUUAUCAGAAUGUAGCCUAACGAAUUCUGUUCCUACCGCCCUUGGCAAUGCCUAUAAUUCUUCCUGACGUGACAUGGCUCCUUUAAGAGCAUUUUAUGAUCCUUGUGUCUUCUUAAUCAUCGUGUUUGCUUGCAAAAAUAAGUACAAAAAUGACAAGUUUUAGAUUACCAUCUGUCUGGAAUCCGACACGUCAUGCCUGAUUAAAAUUGUAAAAUCCUUUUUUUUUUUUGGGGGGGGGGACCCCUUUCUUUUUCCUAUAUUUUUAGAUUAUUCCCCAAUCUUUUUUUCUGAAGAUUAGAUUCUUGUAAAAUCUAAUCAUCACUACAUGUCGACAUGUAGUCCCAAGUCCCGACGCGGGAGAUACUGAAGAAUACCAAGGCAAGCCAAAUGGCCUGUAGUGGGGUGAGCAAAAAAUCGUUCUCAGUUGUGACGCUGACUACCCCGCCCAUGUGCCAUGAGAUCACAAGAAGGGCCAAAUAACUCCCCAGGUCUCUGGUACUUAACUGUUGAAUAGGGAGGGGUUUUUAGAGCCAGCGUUCUUUGAGUUUCAAGGUUCGGCCGAUUCUUCUGUGCACUAACAAUCUCAAGCAAAUAAAAUUUGAUUUUUAUCA